GUUCUUUGAGCCUAGUGUCCUUGUCUUUGCUAGUAACAGUGCCACUGUGUAAAAAUGAAGCUGUCUUGUAAUACAAUCAUUCUCAUUUUCAUAUUCAUUUUGAAUUUUCUGGAAAAAAAUGUUGCAGCAAAUGACAGAAAUAAAUGUAGGUCACAAGAAGACUGCAAAAGCUGUAUAAGGAUGCCUCAUUGCAUUUGGUGUGCUGUGCCUGUUACCUCAGAAAAUUUACCAAGUUAUCGUUGCGAAGAUCUAAAUGAAGCAACAGAUGACUGGUGUAAUCAGAAAUAUGUAAAAAAUCCAUUAAAUGAACAAGCCAUUCCUGUUGAACACCAAAAACCGCUUGGAAAAAUCAAUGGUUCGGCAGUACAAAUUACUCCGCAGAGAGUGGAACUGAAAAUGAGAAUCGGUGAGACACAUACAGUUGAAUUUCAUUAUGGUGUUGUGGAAGAUUAUCCAGUUGAUCUGUAUUAUGUUAUGGAUCUCUCCAUGUCUAUGCAUAGUCAUAAGAAGCGGCUGUCUGAAUUAGGAGGUGCUCUGGCAGCAACUAUGCAAAAUAUCACUGAAAACUUUCGAAUGGGCUUUGGUAGUUUUGUAGACAAAGUGGAAUUACCAUUUACAAGCACUGUUGAAUCAAGUUUAAAAGCACCAUGUAGUCUAGCUGAUGGUACUAAAUGUGCUCCCCCGUACAGCUUCAAGAACCACAUGUCUCUCAGUAAUGACACAGAACAGUUUUCUAUAGAAGUGGGAAAUGCAAAAGUCUCAGGGAACUUGGACAGCCCAGAAGGAGGAUUUGAUGCCAUUAUGCAGGCCAUGGUGUGUACAGAGGAAAUUGGAUGGCGUGAGAAAGCCCGACAUCUUCUUGUAUAUUCAUCUGAUGCUCCUUUCCAUUUUGCUGGUGAUGGAAAGUUAGCUGGCAUUGUGGAGCCACAUGAUGGUCGCUGCUAUAUGGAGAAUGGAGAAUACACACAUAGUCUGGUCUUCGACUAUCCAUCUGUAGGCCAGAUAAAUGAAAAAGCAAAGGAAAACAAUAUAAACAUCAUAUUUGCAGUAACAGAGCUACAGAAAAUGGUCUAUGGAAAUUUGUCACAAAGAAUACAAGGAUCUUCGUAUGGAAUAUUAGAUGACAAGUCUGACAGUGUGAUAAAACUUGUGCGAGAUCAAUAUGAUAAACUACUUGAAACUGUGGAAAUAAUCGACAAUUCCACUCAGUAUAUUUCAGUGAAAUACUUAACAAAUUGCCUGGAGAAGAACAAGAAUGUUUCAGAAAGAAGUACAUGUGGAGGACUGAAAUAUGAACCGGGUAGAUCAAAUGUAACAUUUCUGGCCAACAUCACUGUGAAGAAAUGCCCUGAAAACAAAGCAAACUGGACCCAGUUCAUUGAAAUAAAGCCAACAGGGGUGAAUGAGAGUCUUAUUCUUAAAAUUGACUUACUAUGUGACUGUGACUGUGAAGACACACAGCCAAAGGGAUCCCCUGAUGCCUGUAAUAAUGGUGGAAGACUAGAAUGUGGAAUAUGUGUAUGUGAGUCUUCUCGAUCUGGGAAACGCUGUGAAUGUCAAAGGAACAGUACCGCAGCAGUAGAUCAAAGUGACUGCUACUCAAAUGUAACAGGUCUUUUGUGCUCAGGUGCUGGCAUAUGUAAAUGUGGAAUUUGUGAAUGCAAGACCAGGAAAGAUCCAUCUGAGGUCAUUUAUGGGAAAUACUGUGAGUGUGACAAUUAUUCCUGCAAAAGAGGAGCAAACAGACAGCUCUGUUCAGGGGAGAAUCAAGGAUUAUGUGUCUGUGGUUCUUGCACUUGUCUUGCUGGUUGGUCAGGUGAAAAAUGUGAUUGCAGUGAAAGACUGGAUAACUGCAUUCCAAAAGGAGGAGGACCUAUCUGCUCAGACAGAGGAAAAUGUGUCUGUGGAAAAUGUGUUUGUGACUCCACGAGUUAUGAGGGCCAAUAUUGUGAACUUUGUCCUAUAUGUCCAGGAGGAGCCUGCAAUGAACUUAAGGAAUGUGUAGAGUGUGAAGCUUAUACCAAAAAGGAUUGUCAGAAUUGCACUAUUGGACUUACUGUCAUUCUUCAGGACACAGUGACAGAAGACUCUGUUCAAAAUGAAGAAAACACUGGAUUUUGCCGCUUCCCUGAUGAAAAUGACUGUACCUUUUCUUUCAUAUACAGAAAAGUAAAAGGUGCAAAUAUGUAUGAUGUGAUUGCAGAAAAAGAGAAACGAUGCAGCAAUGUAAACAUUUUAGGUGUCAUUCUUGGUGUUAUUGGAAGCAUAGUGUUCAUUGGACUGCUGACUCUUAUCAUAUGGAAAAUAGUAACCUCUAUACAUGAUGAACGAGAGUAUUCAAAAUUUGAAAAAGAAAGAGCACAAGCUAAAUUCAGUCGUGAUGACAACCCACUUUAUGUAAAGGCAACAACAACUCAUGUGAAUCCUACAUUUCAUCCAAAUUAACUGUAGUGGUUGUGAAAUGGUUGUGACAGGCAGAAAAUGUAAGCUGUGUAAAUACUGAUGCCCAGCUUCAUAGUGUAGCAGCUUCUUUGUACUAAGAACACAAAAUAUGAAGAAAAGUAACUGCACAGUCAAAUGUUUAUACAUAGAAAACAGUGUAGAUCAAUUAUUUUUUCAAUUUCAUUCAUUGGAUGAAAAAUUAAAGUGUAAGGUAGAUAUGAGUAAUUAGUUUAUGGUUCUCAGCAGUUCUAAAUGACAUUGAAAAUAAAAUAAUUUGUUACUUCAGUGA